AGAUGCUGCGGGCACCGAGGGGGCGGCUCGGGGCCGCAUUCCUGUGGCUCGCCGUGGCGGCGCGCACCAUGGCUGGAGUAUCUGAGCUGGAAAGUGCCCUGCAGAUGGAGCCCGCUGCUUUCCAGGCUUUGUAUUCCGCCGAGAAGCCGAAGCUGGAAGAGGAGAACCUCAUUUUCUUCUGUCAGAUGGGCAGGCGGGGCUUGCAGGCCACGCAGCUGGCCCAAGGCCUUGGAUACACAGGGGCUCGAAACUACGCAGGAGCCUAUAGAGAAUGGUCCCAGAAAGAAGGUUAGGUAGAAGAUGGCUUACUGAUGGCCCCCUCUCCCCCACUCCCAUGGCCCAAAACCCUAACCAAGGGUGGGGAAGGGGCAAACUUAGAAUGGGCAGCUCCUUACAGCACUGAGCACGCAAGCAUAUCAAAUAAAGAUAAUUUAAUAAAAAU